CGCCUUGGUCGGUCGUGCGGCUGGGCGGCGGCUGCGGGAUUCGUGGGGUCCGGGGCGCACGGCGUGGUCUACGCGGACUCCGCGCUGUCGCUCGUCGCAAAGUUCAGCUACCAGAACACCGCGGGGGUCGUCCGGGAGGAAUGCGAGACCCUCAGGCGGCUGGAGGCGGCCGCGGUGCCCUUCGUGGAGCGCUGCCGGGGGACCUGCCAGGUGGACGGCGGCGUCGUCGCCCUCUACGCCCCGUUCUUCGACGGGGCUCAGCAGGCGAGCCCCACGGUGGUCGCGGGCCUCACCAGCGAAGCCAAGCGCGCCUUCGUCACGGCCUCCACGGCCUUCUUGGUGCGCUGCCUGGCAGCUGGCGUCGCAGUGAAUGACCUGCAGGUGCUCGUGCGCCCCACCGGCGACGUGCUCGCGAUUGACCUCACUGGGGCGGGCCCCGUCGCGGGCGGCCUCGGCCUGGCGCGCGCCCAGCAGUCCCUGUCGGAGUGGGCGGCCGUGUUGCCCGCGGACGUCCAGGCAGUCGCC